CCUAACCCUAGAUUCGAUCGCCAUCCCCUCCCCGACCCCGCCGAGGAGGAGCCAUGGCCCUCUCCGCUGCCGCCCCCGCUGGAACCCUAACCCUCGCCCUAUCCGUUCCCCUUCUCCUCCUCCUCGUCCUGUGGGCGCCGGGCGCGUCGAGCAACUCCGAGGGGGACGCGCUCUCCGCGCUCCGCCGAAGCCUCUCCGACCCCGACGGCGUGCUCCAGAGCUGGGACGCGACCCUCGUCAACCCCUGCACCUGGUUUCACGUCACCUGCGACCGUGAGAAUCGCGUCACUCGGCUGGAUCUUGGCAAUUUAAAAUUAUCUGGCCAUUUGGUACCUGAACUUGGAAAACUGGAACAUCUGCAAUAUCUGGAACUAUACAAAAACAAUAUUCAAGGUGCAAUCCCUUCGGAACUUGGUAAUCUGAAGAACCUGAUUAGCCUAGACUUGUAUAAGAACAACAUUUCAGGGAAAAUACCUCCAACACUUGGGAAACUGAAGUCUCUCGUAUUCUUGAGAAUCAACGACAAUAAGUUAACCGGGCCAAUUCCAAGAGAACUGGCUACAAUUUCUGGUCUCAAAGUUGUAGAUGUUUCGAACAACAAUCUUUGUGGAACAAUUCCCACCUCUGGGCCUUUUGAGCACAUUCCAUUGAGCAACUUUGAGAACAAUCCCCGCCUGGAAGGUCCGGAGCUACAAGGGCUCGCAUCAUACGAAACAAACUGCUAGAUACUUCUUCGCAAUGAGUCGGUCGUGCAUCAGCGUGUUCCGAUGAAAGAACAGGGGAGAUGCUUAUGAGUUCAUUUUGGUGUGUAAGUGUAUGCUGUCAUGUAAAUUUACUCAGUUUUCAGCUAUUUGUACUUGCAGAUCAAAUGCGGAUCAUUGUUAUAGAUUGUGUUGUGGGUGGGUCUCUCUUUGUGAUGUAAACAGUAGAUCAAGCUUAAUUUUAGAAUCGCCAAUGUGUGAAUGUACAAGCAGUGAUUAUUGUUGAACUGAUAUUGUAGUACCUUUCGUAUGUUGCUGUAACUCAUAUGUUC